AUGUUCCGAAUAGCAUCAAGGCGCACCGGCGCCUCUGCCUCCAAUGUAUUUCAAACCACGACACGGUCGAUCCGCACCAACACUGCACGACCAACGCUGCUCUCGCGACACACCAAUAAUGCCAACACACUACUCGCACCGCGCCUCCCACUACCACGACACUUCUCGCUUGCGCAACGUGUCCGACGCAGCUUCCGCGAAGCUUCAAAAGGCAUCUGGCGCAAGAACCCAAUUCUCUUCCCGCUAGCCAUCCUCUCCGUCCAAAUUCCCGCCCCCGUGGCAGACGCACUGCGCACGGGGGUCUAUUACACCGAGAUCAACCUCAACGCGCCCAAGGCGCUGAAGGCGUACAAGGCAGCUCUGCGGAUGGCGCUGGAGAUGGGCAUGCACCCGUUCUCGGACGAGGUGAUGGGUAUCAAGCUGCAGGUGGCAAUGAUGCUGGAGAAGGCGGGCUUGAUGAAGCCAGCUAUUGAGGUGCUGGAGCGGACAAAGAAUGAGGCCUUGGAGUGGGUUGAGAAACUCGACGCGGAAACUGCUGCGCCGAGCCCUUUGAAGAAGGAGGACAAGUCCACGCCACCUAAUGUCCAAAUUGACGAUGCGGCGCUCCAGGACGCCGAGAAUGAAUUGAAGGAGACGCAGGAGUUUGAAGCUCGUCAGCGCACCAAGACCCUCCAGAAAGUCAUCGGCAUAGAGAUGAAAUUGGCAGAGCUGUACUCGAGCGACCAUAUCCAGGAGGACCAGAAAGCCGAGGCUGCGCAGGUCGCCGCUGUGGAGCUGUGCCUGAAAGAGAUGCACCGUCGCCAGAAGCUUGGUCUCCCUGUUGGUGGUGGUGGUAGUGGCAGCGGCAAUGGUGAUGGAUCCGACACCGAUACAUGGCUGAGCCUGCCGGAAAUUGCCACGGCGCUUACAGAGCUAGCAAACACCUACUCGGCCAAGGAGCGGCACGAGCUAGCCAUGCCGCUGUACAUGCGCGCAUUGGAAAUGGUCCGCGUCACUGAGGGCGACUCGCCAAGCUGCAAGCAGGUUGUUCUUUUGAACGAUGUGGCCAGCGCCAUGGCCGGGCAGGCACAGCGGCCGCUGAUUCAAAAACAGCAGCAGCAGCAACCAGUCUCUCGGGAACAGAUCAUCGAAGCAUCCCGACAGUGGGCACAGAAAGCUCUGGAUGUGGCGGCGCGUAUCCAGCCACCUGUGCGCGACGAAGAGUGCGAUAUCACCUGCGUCGUGGCCACCUACAACCUCGGAGAGUUGGCUGAGUUGCAGAACAAGCCGGACGCGGCACGCCAGCUCUAUGUUGAGGCGCAGUCUCUGGCAAAGGGUCUCGAGUAUGAGGAAGGAAUUGCCAUGACGGAAGAGGCACUGAAAAGAGUGUCGAAAAAAUAA